AGAGAGAAGGCGAGCGAGGGGGAAGUGAUGGUCGCUUGCGAUCGAAGCCUGCAUGCAUGUUCUGGCUACCAGCUCCACCGUCGUAGCCCAAUAUAUGCCUCCUCUUCUGUACCCGUUUCUCAAAUUUUGUGUUUUGCUUUGAUCUCUUGCGAUACAAUCCAGUUAGCAACCGUUGCGUUUGGAGCGUUUUUGGUUACGUUCAAGGUGGUUUUUCAGUCAGCUUCUGCUUGUCGAUUGUCUGCUUGCUCCCGUGUUUCGUGUUCCUUCGGGUCCGAUCGUGGUGCGGGUGUCUUGGUUCGUUGUUUUAGUGCUUGGUGCCGUGAAUUGGGUAUUGGAGGAGCGUUUUUGGAGCUAGAAGAUCUAAGAGGAAGGACGUUUGAAGUUUGUAAUCAUGGUGGGAUCGGCUAAGAUCAAGGUCGGAAUCAAUGGUUUUGGUCGUAUCGGCCGAUUGGUGGCCAGAGUUGCCCUUGAGCGCGAUGACAUUGAAUUAGUAGCCAUCAACGACCCUUUUAUUACUCCCGAAUACAUGACUUACAUGUUCAAGUAUGACAGCACACACGGACAAUGGAAGAAGACAGAAGUGACUCUUCACUCUGAAGGCCACUUGACCUUUGGUGGUAACCCAGUAGCUGUCUAUGCUUGCAGGGACCCUUCUGAGAUCCCGUGGGGCAAGCAUGGAGCUGAUUUCGUUGUGGAGUCCACUGGCGUCUUCACCGACAAGGACAAGGCUGCUGCUCAUCUCAAGGGUGGAGCCAAGAAGGUUGUGAUUUCUGCUCCCAGCAAAGAUGCUCCAAUGUUCGUCAUGGGCGUCAACGAGAACAAAUACUCCGACGAGGACAUUGUUUCUAACGCCAGCUGCACCACAAACUGCCUUGCGCCUCUUGCAAAGGUGAUCAACGACAAGUUCGGAAUCUUGGAGGGUCUGAUGACCACCGUGCAUGCUACCACAGCCACACAGAAGACCGUCGAUGGUCCUUCAAGCAAGGAUUGGCGAGGUGGACGCAGUGCUGCCACCAACAUCAUCCCCAGUGCUACUGGAGCUGCUAAGGCCGUGGGCAAGGUGUUGCCGGAGUUGAAUGGAAAGCUCACGGGAAUGGCCUUCCGUGUCCCCACUACAGAUGUCUCUGUGGUGGAUCUCACCGUCAGGCUUGAGAAGCCUGCCUCCUACGAUGCCAUUAAGACGGCUAUCAAGGAGGCGUCGGAAGGCCAGAUGAAGGGUAUUUUGGGUUACACCGAAGACGAUGUGGUGUCCACCGACUUCAUUACCGACAGCAGGUCAAGCAUCUUUGAUGCCAAGGCUGGAAUUGCCCUUAGCGACACCUUUGUGAAGCUUGUUGCGUGGUACGACAAUGAGUGGGGUUACAGCAACCGUGUGGUGGACCUGAUUGUACACAUGGCCAAACAAGGGACCUCCCAGUAAUUCUAUUAAUGGGAGUUUUUUUUGGGAAAUUUCUUUCUUUUAACGCUUGUAGACCAUCUGUUGGAAAUAAUCUCGGUAGCACAAGCGGUACAGAUGCUCCUAUCUCCUGUGCAGGAUACUUUUGAUCUCCUACUGGCUCCAAUCAUAUCAGCUACAUAAAUUCCAACUUACCUCGAAAAUAAUUUCCAUCGCCAGCGUUCAUGUUACGGUCAUCUUUGAAUUUCUAUUACAGAACACGUUUUGCAUA